AUGGCAUCCCAAAAAUGGUGCAUCUGUAUAUUUUUGUCUCUCUUGUCAUUAGUUUCGUUCAUUAGCGCCGACAUAAUCGUGGUUGAUCCAUCGAAGCGCGGUGGUUUCACAACCAUACAAGCCGCCAUUAAUUCCGUCCCUUCCAACAACACCAAAUGGACUGCCAUUGAGAUCAAACCAGGCACUUAUAGGGAGCAAGUGAUUAUUCCUAGGGGUAGGCAAUUCAUCUUCCUGAAAGGAUCAGGAAGUAACAACACCUUCAUUUCGUGGAAUGGUCAUGCCGACAUUAACGAAACUGCUACUUUCAGUUCUGAAGCCGACCUGGGAUAUCACGUUCGUUGUAAUGAGCUCAUGCACCACAAUUCCUACAACUCUCCCCCAAAGGGUAAUAAAAAUCCCUUAGUGCCGGCUGUGGCAGCUCGGAUUCAAGGCGACAAAUCGGCCUUCUACCGUUGUGGAUUCUUCGGAUUGCAGGACACAUUGUGGGAUGUUCAAGGCAGACAUUACUACAAAAGUUGUACCAUUGAAGGUGCCGUAGAUUUCAUAUUUGGUGCUGCCCAAUCCUUGUACGAGGGCUGCACCCUAUCAGUAGGUGCGGGAGCCAUAAAUGGACCGGGAUUCAUCACAGCUCAAGGGAGAGAGAAACCUAACGAUUCAAACGGGUUCGUGUUCAAGACAUGCAACAUAGUUGGGGAGGGGAAGGUGUUUCUUGGAAGGGCAUGGAGAGAUUACGCUAUUAAGAUGAGUGACGAAGAGGCUAACAAGUUAGCCACCAUUUCCUUCAUUGAUAAUCAAGGAUGGCUUAAUAAAAUAGCUCUA